UGGAGCAGGUGGUUCUUGAUCAUGUGAUGUCAUUUGCCCCGGCUCUCUCUGUAAGCCACAGCGCCUGAACAGAGUGCUAGGGCUCACCGCUGUCUCCCCCGUCGAAGGCUGCCGACUCUCUCCUGACCUGUAAAAAGGCCUCAGUAUGUCUUACGGUUCCAUCGAUGGGGGCGCCUUUGGCAGUCGGAACCCAUUCGGGGGCCCCGCCAGACAGGGCUACCAGCCAGUGGCAACGCAGAUGAGCCCAUCGGAGCUCCAGGAUGUCUUUCAGGAGACCUCCUCCAACAUCUUUCAGAUCAAUGCUAAUGUGGUGUCCCUGGAGAAGAGUCUCCAGUCCUUAGGAACGUCCAGAGAUACUGCAGAACUACGACAGAGUCUACACUCCACCCAGCAGCUGACCAACAGAGUUAUAACCAGCACCAGCCAGCUCAUCAAACAGCUCUCUGACAUUGUCAGUGGUUCCUCACGGCAAGAUCGCCUUCGUCUGACAAGACUGAAGACAGAGCUGUCAGACUCUGUCCAGCGUUAUGGAGACCUGCAAAAGAAAAUCGCAGACAGAUCCAGGGCCUUGCUUCCCCCGGCACAAAAAGAUCGAAAGCAGAGCCCUCAGACACCCUUUGCGGAGCUGUGUGAUGAGGAGCCGGUAUUUGGCGGAGCAGAGAGCGUGGAGGGGGGAGGUCAGGCAUUCCUGGCGGAGAUCAGCGAGGAAGACGUGGAGGCCCUCAGGCAGAGAGAGGAGGCACUCCUGCAGAUCGAGAGGGACAUGCUGGACGUGAGCCAGAUAAUGAAGGACCUGGCGUCCAUGGUGCAUGAGCAGGGCGAUGCCAUAGACAGCAUUGAAGACUAUAUCCAGACAACAUCCUCAAAUGUGGAAACAGCCAACCAGGAGCUUGCAAAGGCCAGUCAUCACCAGAGACAACUCAGAAAGCGGAAGUGCUAUUUACUCAUAGCAGGAGCAGUGGUCUUGACCUUCCUCAUCAUCAUCAUCGCUGUCUCUGCAAGAAAAUGAGACCUCUGUCCAGGUGCUUACCUCAGGCCUACCUGGACCUCCCUCCACUGCACUCUUUGGCCGAUGGACUGUCCGAGGCUAUGACCUGUGCUGUAUGUGUAUGUUUGUGUUUGUUUGUUUAAUGUCAGGGUCCAAUCACUAUAAUUUAAGUGAAGCCUGUCCAUUCACAUCUGAGUUAACUGACCACAACAGCCCAGAAAAUGAGGCUAGUGAUUAUUCCAUUACACAAUUAUUCUGCCAUUCAACCACUGAUGGAUUCUAUGUAUCAGUUUUUAAAUCCUUGUUCAUUUUUUGCCAAUUAGUUUGCCAAUUACUUGCCAAUAUUCCUGUUCUUAUUUAACAGAUAUUGCAUUAACAUACAUUUUCCUUCAUGAAAGAAUGAGAGAAUGCAGACUUGUGCUAUGAGUCAUUAUUUAAGCAGAAGGAUCUGACGUUUUAUACCGUGCUUUGGUAAUUUGAAUAGGAUAUCUUGGGUUAUCAAUCCCUUUUGUCCAAAGGACAGAAACGGUGAUUUUAAUUAAUCCGUUCCUUUGUUCAGUAAAUGCUGUAAUGUCCAUGAUGGAUAAUGUCUUGUUUGCAGUUAAUGAACUAAUUUUGCUUUCAGCUGCUGUGUUUUAAAAUGGAACUGAGGAUUGCUUGUAAAAAUGGCUUUGUAAAUUCAGGGUCAACAGUCAUUGACUCAUUCAGAUGUUUUCAGGAUUGUCAAAUAUUUAGUUGUACUGGAUCUACGUAUAAAAUAAAAGUGACACAGAUGUGUAUCAUUUGUAAACGUAUAUUACUACAUCAAAAAAGAUAUUCUCACAAUUAUGAUUAGCCAUCUUAUUCACGUUGCUUCUUUUUUCUGUUACACAGCUGUUACAUUGUUUUAUGAUUCUGCAAAUGAAAUCAGUUAUUUCAUCAUUAAUUUAUAAUAAAUAUCUCUUUGUGUAUGAAUACUGUUUAAAAGAAUUAUAAUUAAAAACUUGUGAGCAGAGAAGCCCUGUGUGUGACAGCUAUCUUUUGAUGACAGAAGUUAUAAUUCAGCGUGUGUGUCUGGCUUAUUUGUGCCUAGCCAUAAAACUCAGACAAGAGCUACUUUAUCUUUGCAAGGGUGUAAAGUGUGAUUUUAGGAUGGUGAACUGAAAAGACAAUGGGCUCUGUUUUCUGGAAUCGAUGACGUAGGGUGCAUGGGUACAGUCAAGAGCGUGGCGCGUGGGUGCACUGGGCGUGGCUACUGAAUGUUGGUAUUUUCAUGACUAGAGUUGAGCAGCACACAGCUCAAAGUGUGUGGUGCAUGUGGAAAAAGGAGAUAGUUAGCUAGAGCAGACAUCAAUGAAUUUCAGUUAUGAGUUUGUUACCGCAUCGAUAACCAGCUAGAUACAGUAUAUGAGCGAGAAUAUAUGUGCCAAGUUUAUGCCAACUUUGUACAAGUGGUACAUAUGUGCAUAGUUAAUGUUUCUGGUAUAACAGGGAAAGCAUCCAAUCGUCUCAAUACUUUCCUCCUGUAUCACCAAGUAAUCACUAAUUAUCUGAAUGUUAAUAGAGUGGACCCCCUUUCGAUUCACAUUGAUGAGUGGUUGGGUAGAAGGAGCAUACAACUGCACGUCUGCAAUUGAUGGCUCCCAAAACCCUGGGAAAUUCACAUUUUCCCAGACAUUCUUGUUUAGUUUUGAGCUGGUGGUCAGGUGAUGAAGGAAAAACAAUGUACUCUCUUGCAUGUUGUACUAGACUAGUACAAACUGCAUGAACAGCCCAACUGACAGAUUGCGUUGCCCUCGAUGUUAGCUGCAAUUAUCCUGUAGCAAACUGUCAGGUUUCGGGGUAGGACUCAGAAGCAGACCAAAAAUCCGAGAAAUACUUGGCAAUUUAUUAUCACAAACAGGGUAACAGAAACAGCAACAGUCUCGUAAUCACUAUACAGGCGUCGGUCGAAAAUCCAAAAAUCCAAAAUCCAAUCAGGCAAAGGUACAAAACAGGAGCAGUGACCAGGUCAAGGGAACAGGCAAGAGUCGAAAACCAGAAGCAAGAACAACAGAGCAGGCAGGCUAAAUUCGUAGUCGGAUUAACGGGCAAAAAUUUGAAAACCAGGAAAUUCAGUUACACAGAGUAGAAGGCUCGAACGGCACUGAAAAAAACAGAGGCACGAUCUGGCACAGGCUAAUGGGGCUAACAGAAAUAUAUAGCUAAGGAAACUGAGUGGAAGAUGAGUAGCAGGUGGAGACGGCGGCAGAGGCUUGAUUGCAUGAUGCGGUGAGGCUUGAUUGAAUAAUACGGCUGAGGCAGACAGGCAGGACUGGGGGCGGAGCGUGGGCGGGAACCAGGAACCUGAAAACCAAGGCACACCCCAUACGCUCACACACACACACACACACAAAAGCAUACAUACAAAAAUAAAAAAUAAAGAAUAAAAAUAAAUAAAUAAAUAAAGAGAAACAGGAACAGAACGGAAACUCAGGCAGACCUCCUGACACAAACAAAUUCAUUUUAAUGACUGGCACAUAAUUAUAAUUUAAAAAUGUUCAAAUUCAAGUUGUGUUUAUUGUCAUUCGUCUCAUUACAGACGGGUGUAAGAAAGAGAACAGAACACAGUACCCCCGGGACCACAGUUCAGUAUAAGAACAGCCAUAAACAAUUAAAAACAGUGAUAAAAAAGUGAUAAAAAAGACAAUGAACUAUAAAUGCAAAUGAUGAAUUUUUCCUGAUUGUGGGAUUUAUAUCAAAGUCAAAUUGGACAGCAUAUGAUCCACAAAAACCAUUGAUUUGUUUUUCAAUAGGAUGUGAUCAUGCUCGCAUUGCCCCAAAAUUAGCAAUCUGCCAUAUGCUGGGCUGCGAAUUAUGGCGUAGACCUGGUUUGAGCAGGCUGGUGGUGAGGGCACAAAUCAUAGACCAAACGCACUGGAAAAUUGCAAUGAGCUGCACCAAAAAUGCAGUACAGUGCUCAAUCUUGACUGACACACCCCCAGCUGUGAAUCUCCUCCCACUUCGGCACACAGUGAGUCAGGAAAUUAUCAAACUGCUCAGGCGCAUCAAAAUCCAUGAUGAAAAUACCACUUUGCCAGUGCAACGGCUCACAACAUGCCAUGUUCUAGCUGGAAAAUAGAACCCAAUGUCUUUAAAAAGUGAUGAUUUAAAAGAGGUUUUAUGCAGUAAAGUGUCCAGUGUUAAUUCAACUCUAACAACUCAACUAGAGUUGAAAGAACACUAGAACACAAUUUUACUGUGUAUGCUACACGUGACAAAGAAGGUGUUGUGAUUAUUUACUAAAUCUGAAAAGGAAAUGUGGGUAUAUACAGUACAGUGUGUUAAAAACAUACGUUAAGCACAAUCAAAAAUUGAGAUUUUGAUCAAAACCAGCUCUGCUUUGAAAAACCCCAAAGUGAAAUGAGUUCCUUCUUUUUUCCAUUGCAAGUCAUAUUCAGCUUAUGGAUAAGAAGAAAAUAUGCUAUAUAUGUUAAAUAUUUUUUCUUUUUUUAUUCAUUUGAAUAUGAUUUCUGAGGCAAAAUGUUCCUUAAUACAGAUGUCUGAUGGCAUGGAAAUAUUACAUUGUGACAGCCUCAAGCAGUAAACUUUAGACUUGCAAAAAGAA